GUGCCCGGCCGUAGGGGAGGGAACCGCCGAGCCCUCGGGAGGGAAAAGGCGGCAGCAUGAAGUUCCAGUACAAGGAAGACCACCCGUUCGAGUACAGGAAAAAAGAAGGGGAGAAGAUCAGGAAGAAAUACCCCGACAGAGUCCCUGUAAUUGUGGAAAAAGCACCAAAAGCCAGAGUACCUGACCUAGACAAAAGGAAGUAUCUUGUGCCUUCUGACCUCACAGUUGGCCAAUUCUACUUCUUAAUCCGAAAGCGGAUCCAUCUGAGGCCAGAGGAUGCCCUUUUCUUCUUUGUCAAUAAUACCAUCCCUCCCACCAGUGCUACCAUGGGCCAGCUGUAUGAGGAUAACCACGAGGAGGACUAUUUUCUCUAUGUGGCCUACAGCGAUGAGAGUGUCUAUGGCAAGUGAGCACCAGCCCCCCAGGCAUGCAGGCGAGAUGGACUGAUGGAAUGGAUUUGGGGGGGGGUGUUGGAGAGGAGGAAGGAGGAUGCCUGAGAAGAGGGGAAGAGAACUGGAAGUGAACCACAUGCACAAUGCCAUCACCUUCCAUGCAUUAAUUAUAACCAUUAUUUUUUAA